AACGUAAAGAAAUCUUCAUUCCCGAAGAAUAUCAAAGGGUUUUGCCGAUUUACAAAAAUGAAAAAUCGAUCUUUCGCUAAACAUUACUAGAAGUUUAAACAAAUGUCCCAACAGCUCAAACACAAGGUGGUUAAAUCCCGAGAUCCCAUUCCAGACUCGAGCAGAUCUUUGGCCAUGGAGCUGCGGAUUGUUCUCGUCAUAUGCUCGUUCCUGAGCUCCGCCGCUGCCGCUGAAGAAUCCUGUGUCGGUCGCUGUGAUCUUGGCUUCCAGUUGGGUAUGAAGUGUCAGUGUGACGCGCUGUGCGGUUUCUACGCAAGCUGCUGCUCCGAUUACCACUCCGUCUGUAUCAAAACCCGCGGGGAUGAAUUUGCCCUCCCGGACGAUGAAAUUGAUGAAAUCUUCGCGAAUGAGACGUAUUUUUAUCCCGAUCUGGAAUCAGAGCCGAGUUUGGAACCGGAGCCAAACCCGGAAUCGGAACCCACUGUGGAACCGGAGCCGAGUCCGGAAUCGGAACCCACUGUGGAUCCGGAGCUGAGCCCGGAAUUCGAGCCCAGUGUGGAACCGGAGCCGAGCCCGGAAUUCGAGCCCAGUGUGGAUCCGGAGCCGAGCCCGGAAUUCGAGCCCAGUGUGGAUCCGGAGCCGAGCCCGGAAUUCGAGCCCAGUGUGGAACCGGAGCCGAGUACGGAACCGGGGCCGGAUCCAGAACCAAUGAACGUGUGCAUCGGUGAUAACCGAUUUGAUGCGUUCACUGAUCUGAAGAAUGGAUCCAUCUUCGCUUUUCAGGGGAAGUAUUUCUAUGAGUUGACUGAUACAGGUGUAGCUGAUGGAUAUCCGAAGCUGAUUCACGAUGUGUGGGGAGUGCAGGGCCCCAUCGAUGCUGCCUUCACACGAAUAAACUGCGAGGGAAAGACGUAUCUGUUCAAGGGUAAGUAUUACUGGCGGUUCGACAAUGGCGUCAUGGAAGCCGAUUUCCCGAGGCUGAUCAAGGAAGGUUUUCCCCGAAUUCCGGACAACGUUGACGCCGCACUGGCACUGCCGGCAUCUGGCAUCCGCGGAAAAGAGGGAGUCUACUUCUUCAAGGGCCGUAACUAUUGGAAGUACGUCUUUCGCAGCCAGCCCAGCCAAGAGGAGUGCGAAAGCACAUCCAUCUCUGUCCCCUUUCGGAGAUACGCCCAGUUCAUGCUUCUCGACUGGGAGGAAGACUUCUUCACCGAGCUCUUUGGAUCACCUAGGAGAGGUGGUACCUCCGGGCCGUUCCGCACUGGUUUUCACUGGAGUGGGCUUCCUGCCCGGAUAGAUUCGGCGAUGAUCGGGAAACUCUUCAGGAACCGUAAGCUGAUUGAGCGGCACCGCUGGAGGAAGCCGUACUGGCACGGUAGGAAGCUGCGUCGGCGCGGCAGGAAAGGAUGGUCGAACGGCUCGCGGUGGAGGUACUCGUCCAGCGACGAAGACGACUCCUACAUCUUUAUGCCCAGCCAGAGUGUCUACUUCUUCUCCGGAGGUGACUAUUACCGGGUUGACCUGGGGACCAAGAUGGUGGCAUUUGCUCGGCCCAGGUAUCCACGAUCCAUCGCCAAGUACUGGUUCAAGUGCAAGGACGUUUUCGAGUAACGACGGCCGUGGCAAGCAGCGUCACAGGCUAAGCCGCAGAUUCCGGGAACGUAGCGGGGCAAAGGGUAGGCCGCGGAGGCGUGAGGGGCAAGGAGGUUACUAACGAGAAAAUAAAAUGUGAACUAUCCUGUC